AUGCCGAUCGAAUUUGUGUGCAAAAUCAAGUUUGCCGAGGAGGAUGAGAAGCAGAAAGGCAAGCCGGACGGGGACAGGGAGAGCCUGAUCGAGGAGAGCGGAGCUCCCCCGGCCAGAGACCUCCUGGGCUUCGCCAGCUCCUGCUCCCUGCAUGGGAUCAACCACGUCUUCGUCUCCGGCCGCCUGGGCAUCCGGCAGACCCUGUGGGCGCUGGCCUUCCUGGCCUCACUGGUGCUCUUCCUGUACCAGGCGGCCAAGUGCGCCAUGUCGUACCUGGAGCACUCGCACGUCACCUCGCUGAACGAGGAGGUGAGCAAGGAGAUGGUCUUCCCGGCGGUGACCAUCUGCAACAUCAACCGAUUCAGACACAGCGCCCUCAACGACGCCGACAUCUACCACCUGGCCAACCUGACCGGGCUCCCGCCCAAAAACAAGGAUGGACACAGGCCCACCGAUUUGGAGUACCCUGCCCCCGACAUGCAGGACAUCUUCAACAGGACGGGGCACCAGCUGGACGAGAUGCUGAAGAGCUGCAACUUCAGCGGGCAGAACUGCUCCAGCGACGACUUCACUGUGGUGUACACGAAAUUUGGGAAAUGCUACACUUUCAACGGGAACAAGACAACAUCCAGGAAAACAAAGCAGGGGGGCAUGGGAAACGGCCUGGAGAUAAUGCUGGAUAUCCAGCAGGACGAAUAUCUGCCCAUCUGGAAAGAGACAAAUGUGACGUCGCUGGAGGCGGGGAUCCGAGUGCAGAUCCACAGCCAGGAGGAGCCUCCCUACAUCCACCAGCUGGGCUUCGGCGUUUCCCCCGGGUUCCAGACCUUCGUGUCCUGCCAGGAGCAGAGGCUGACCUACCUGCCCCAGCCCUGGGGCCACUGCCGGGCCACGGCGGAGAAGCUGAUCCCUGGGUACGACACCUACAGCAUCAGUGCCUGCAGGCUGCUGUGCGAAACCAAGGAGGUGGAGAGCGAGUGCAGCUGCAGGAUGGUCCACAUGCCAGGAACCGCCCCCUUCUGUCCUCCCAGCAAAAUAAUGUGUGUCGACAGUGUGCUCGCCGCGUUUCUGAAGAGCACGCGGGAGAGCUGUAACUGCGAGACUCCCUGUAAGCUGACGCGCUACGGCAAAGAGCUCUCCAUGGUGAAAAUCCCCAGCAAGGGCUCGGCCCGUUACCUCUCCCGAAAGUACAGCAAGACCGAGGAGUACAUCAGGGACAAUUUUCUUGUCUUGGACAUUUUCUUUGAAGCCCUUAAUUAUGAAACCAUAGACCAAAAGAAAGCAUAUGACGUGGCAGCAUUAUUAGGGGACAUCGGGGGCCAGAUGGGGUUAUUCAUUGGCGCCAGCAUUCUGACAAUCCUAGAAAUACUGGACUUUAUCUACGAGGUCAUCAAGUGUCGGCUGCAGCGUCUGCUCCGGCCCGAGAAAGAGGAGAAGAAGAAGAAGCAGCAGCCGCAGCAGCAGCAGCAGACGGGCGUCGUGGCAACAGUGGGCCUGGACGAUCUGAAAGUCAAGGAGUCUGAAGAAAUGACAAGAAGUCACCUGGAAGGGGCCUAUCCAAAAACAAUACUCCCAAACCACCACCACCACCACCAUCACACACAACAUGGAGUCUACGAGGACUUUGCCUGCUAGAGCCUCCAAGUUGUAUUGCCCUGUCCCCCAAAAAAGAAGGAAAACACAACCUCUUCUGCUGGAUUUGGGCUUAAUAAUAGACCCUCUGAAUCCAGCUUUACCUUUAUCACGGUCACAAGUGAAAGCUACAGCCAAAGUCGAACACCAAACCUGUGCUUCUAACGGACUUGUACAGAGGGCGCACAGCCCCCUUGGAGACUUGCACUCGACCUCCCUGCCUGGACGGCUAUCCUCUUGGCAACUCUAUUCCCAUGGUUUCCGCAACAUGGAUACUUGAGAGUUAUAAGGUGUUCAUGUCAUUACGCCCAGUUUAUAUUUGAGAAGAUUAACCUUGUGUUUUUGUCAGCUUGAUUGUGUAAGUCAUAUUAAGGGUAUUAUUCCGGAGUAUUUUAUGAAAUAUGUCAUAAUAUCCCUAAUCUGUCAAUUCUCAAAUGAAAGAAAAUAAUACAACAAAGUGGCUCUGACACUAUCCCCCAUUUACAGUUAAAUGCAAAAGUACUGGGACAGUGAUACAAUUUUUGUUGUUUGACUCUGCGCUCCAGCACAUUGGACUUGAAUUGAAACACUCAAUAUUAGGUUUAUAAACAUACUGACAGCUUUAAUGUAAGGAUAUUUACAUCCAUAUCAGGUGAUUUGUGGAUAAACUACAGCCCUUCUAGUACUUACAGUACUCCCUCUAAAAAUGAACAUUAUCUGAAAUAAAGUCAUCCUAUUUUGUACUCAUUUU